AUGCUUCACCGUACCAAAUACAACCGCUUCAGGAAUGAGUCAGUAACAUCUGUUGAUGAUCUUCUCCACGGCCUGUCCAUGAAUCCCAAGGUCUCGGCUACCCCCCAGUCUGCAGCCGAGACAUCUUACACACCCCCGACUGAGCUCCAGUCCUCCACCACCACCACCACCGCUCCCAGCACUGCCACCGGCCAUGGGUCUGACCACCUGGAAGAUGGAGGCACCCUCUGCACCCUCAUCAACAAGGUGUCCAGCCUGAAAUUCAGCAACUCAGGCAGCUUGCUGGGCAUCAAGGGUCUGCCCUCGGCUGUCAAGGACCUGGCUGUGUCUAAGCUGCAGGGGGGUGGGGGAUCGGGCCCAGGCAGCUCCGGUGGCCCGAGCCCCAGUGCGGCAUCAACAGCAGCGGCGGCAGUCUCUGGCGUGGGCGGCUCUCUGUGCAGCUUGGCCUCCCAUUCGACCCCCUGCUCGCAGCCGGAGACAGCUGUCAGCAUGAGCAAGAAGAGCAGGCUGGAUGAGCUCCAGCCCGGUGGAGAGGACAGGAAUACAGGUGGAGGUGGUGGACUGGUGAGCAAACCCUCCAGAGGGUGGCUACACUCGAGCGAGAAGAUCUCUGGUCCAGGGGUGACAUACAUUGUGAAGUAUCUGGGCUGUAUAGAAGUUCUUCGGUCAAUGAGAUCGCUGGAUUUCACCACAAGGUCACAAAUAACAAGGGAAGCCAUCAGCCUGGUGUGUGAGGCUGUUCCAGGGACCAAAGGAGCUCUGCGUAAGAGAAAGCCACCGUCCAAAGCUCUGUCGAGUAUCCUGGGCAAGAGCAACCUGCAGUUCGCUGGCAUGUCCAUCAACCUGAACAUUUCCACCUGUAGCCUCAACCUGAUGACCCCCGACUGCAAACAGAUCAUUGCCAACCAUCACAUGCAGUCCAUCUCCUUUGCAUCAGGAGGAGACCCUGACACAACAGAUUAUGUUGCCUAUGUAGCAAAGGACCCAGUUAACAGAAGAGCGUGUCACAUCCUGGAGUGCGCCGACGGACUGGCCCAGGAUGUCAUCAGCACCAUCGGCCAGGCCUUCGACCUUCGCUUUCAGCAGUAUCUGCAGUGUCCCUCAAGCAAGCUGUCCUCCACACACGACAGGGUAUUAAACGUGGAGGAGUUACCAUGGACUGAAGAAGAGGAGGAGUCAGCUGAACAUCCGUACUAUAACAACAUCCCUGGAAAGAUGCCCCCACCUGGAGGCUUCAUCGAUACCCGGCUGACCAAUCAGAAUGCAGCAGCUGAUGGAUGCCAGGUGGGCCCAGGCUCGGUAGAUCAGACAUAUUACCAGGGGCGGCACUGUGGAGAAAACUGGGGAGAUGAGAGAAAGCCCAUAUUCUUACAACAGGGAUCAUUCGACAUAGGCAGUCUGCCGGAGAGUAAAGGUCAGGCGCAGAAAACAGCCGAGAUGCCCAUGUACGUGAACACGCAGCAGAUUGAUGCCCAGGUACUCGCAGUCCUCCAGGCUGAGGCGGAGAAUGUGACCAAGGGCCUGGCAGCUGCAGCCAAAGACAGCCCACGGAAGGACCUGUUUGACAUGAAGCCCUUUGAGGAUGCGAUACAUUCUAAGUCCCAUCCGCCGGGCCAGGGACAGGCCCAGUCCCAGGUGUCUGCUCUUCACAAGGCAGCGUCCAUGGAUAACUCAAGCCCUCUUCUAGUGCGUUCACUGGCCUUCCGGGCGCAGGAGGAGCUGGAGGCCAAGACAUGGUAUCACGGCAAAAUGAGCCGUCGCGACGCUGAGAAGCUGCUGAGAGAAGACGGGGACUUCCUGGUUCGCAAGAGCACGACCAACCCUGGGUCUUAUGUACUGACGGGCAUGCACAAUGGACUUGCCAAACACCUGUUGCUGGUGGACCCUGAGGGCACGGUACGGACAAAAGAUCACAUAUUUGACAGCAUUAGCCACCUUAUUGGCCAUCACCGUGACAACAAUCUGCCUAUUGUGUCGGCCGGGAGUGAACUGUGUCUCCUGCAGCCUGUUGGAAGGAAACAGUGA